AAUGCCUGACAGCUAUUGGGCCAACUUGGGUGAGCAUUGCAAAGCCUUGGGAGUGGCAGAGGGAAAUGAGCUCGUUGCAGACUUGGCACACCGUGCGUCAGCCAUUUCCUUCUUCAACUUGUCCAUCACGCUUAGCCUCGCCAAAUUGUCGGACUGAGUCUUUGGGAUUCCGUGGAGCUCAGAAAGUUUUCCGCCAUAGCAUACCACUUAGCUUGACUUUGAUUCCUCCUCAUUCAACUCAAUUACUCUCAAAAGCCGAAUCAUCAUCAUCCAUGGCCGAUUCCGCUUCGAGCUAUGUGAAUCCUGCGUGUGCUGAAAUUAUCGUAGUGCGUCAUGGUGAAACGGAAUGGAAUGCUGAUGGAAGAAUUCAGGGACAUCUAGAUGUUGAAUUGAAUGAUGCUGGGAGACAGCAAGCAGUUUCAGUGGCUGAUAGAUUAUCCAAGGAGCCUAAAAUCUCAGUUGUGUACUCUUCCGACUUGAAAAGAGCUCUUGAGACCGCACAGAUAAUUGCGACCAGCUGUGGUGAAAUAGAGGUUGUGAAAGAUCCUGAAUUACGAGAAAGGCACUUGGGGGAUCUUCAAGGCCUUGUAUUUCGUGAAGCUGCCACAACUUGUCCCAAGGCUUACGAGGCCUUAUCAUCUCAAAAGACAGAUCAAGAAAUUCCAGGUGGUGGAGAAAGUCUUGAUCAACUUUAUCAACGCUGCACAUCAGCAUUGCAGAAGAUUAGUCACAAACAUAUAGGAGAGCGAGUAGUUGUGGUCACUCAUGGAGGUGUCAUCAGAGCACUCUACAAGCGGGCUUGUCCAAAUAAGAGAUCUGGGAAGGUACUUAAUACAUCUAUUAAUGUUUUUCACUUGUCUGGAGACAAAUGGACCGUAAAGACUUGGGGUGAUGUUAAUCAUCUAAACCAGACAGGAUAUUUGAAGUCUGGUUUUGGUGGGGACAGAACUUCUGGUUGAUUCUUUCUCGUAGUACUCUGGAAUAUUGUGGCUAUCGGAUCAAGCAACUGAAGCAAUUGUUUGCUGGAACUUGCUCGCUGUUGAACCAAUUUAGGCUUGAUUGGCUUUUAUAUGUUGUAUUUCCUUUUUGCAUAUCUAGUUACUGGAGCAACUUCUGACCUUACUAGAAAUUAUAUAUGGAAUACUUUUAAUUUA